GACACCGAGGAUGACAUCCGGAGAAGGGCUGUCCUGUUUACUCCCACACCGCGUGCCUAAUCAGGGCAGUCCUGCUCCGCAGACACGAAUGCAGUUGGUUGACUCGUGGAACCAACUUGUAAACAGGAGACUAGUUCACCCUCAGGCGGAGAUACCGCAGCGAAGAAGAGGCCAAAAUAUCAACCUUAACAGGAGUUUGGAAGCGGUUGACUGCAGCCUUCAUGGAUGACAGUGAGGGGUUCAGGACUUCAGGGGAUAGUCUCCAUUUCCAGCGUGGAGCUUGAACUGAGGAUCUGAGAUCCAGAGUCCCCUGCUCUGCUGCUCUACGGACUGAGUCAGCUAGGCACCCGAGGGUCUUUUUAAAAGGCCAUGGGGGAUCAGGACUUGCCUGGCGUUUUGGUGUCCGGAUUGGAAGGGCCUCAUGGUAUAUGUGAAGAUCACAUUGAAGAUCUGCAGAAACACUUUAAUCUCAUUACGAUGCAAGAAUUUUUGGAAAAUAACAAACAAUUUGGUCCAAAGAUCCAAGCUGUAUAUAUCUGGGGCGGGAAGCCACCUGUUACCCAGGAGCUCCUGCAGAGUCUGCCCUCCUUGAAGAUCAUUGCCAGUGCAGGCGCAGGUCUAGAUCACCUGGACCUGAACCUCAUUGCCAGCUUUGGUGUGAAGGUGGCCAACACCCCACAGGCUGUUUCCAGCCCCACAGCAGACAUGGCAAUGGCCUUACUGCUGGCGGCAGCUCGCAGACUCGUGGAAGGUCAUAGGUUGGCUACUGCACCAGAUACAGAGAACUUUUCUACAAACUGGAUGGGCCAAGAAGUGACGGGGGCCACUUUGGGGAUCAUCGGCCUGGGCAGCAUCGGCUACAAGAUUGCUCAGAGGGCCAGAGCGUUCGAAAUGAAGAUUCUGUAUCACAACAGGAAACGCAGGAAAUCAGAGGAGGAGGAGGCUAUUGGGGCCACUUACUGUGAGCAUCUGGAUGACCUGCUUCAGCGAUCGGACUUUGUGCUGUUGGCCGUGAGCCUGACGCCCCAGACCCAGAGGCUGAUUGGGACGAGGGAGCUGAGUCUGAUGAAGCCCACCGCGGUUCUUGUCAACAUCGGCAGAGGUCUACUAGUUGAUCAGGAUGCCCUGGUGCAGGCUCUUCAGACUGGGGCUCUUAGCGGAGCAGCACUGGAUGUGACGGACCCGGAGCCCCUACCCAGAGAUCAUCCUUUACUGACGUUGAAGAACAUCACUCUGACACCUCACAUUGGAAGUGCUACUCAUCAGGCGAGGCGACAGAUGAUGGAAAAUUUGGUCAAAAGCAUCCUGGCCUCUCUCCAUGGCCUUCCCAUUCCUAAUGAAGUGCAACUUAAAUAAUUCAGUGGCAGAUUAAAUGGGGGGAAAAUCUUG